UAGUAGUGACACUUGACACUUGACACAGUGGUUAGAUGAAACGCAAAAGGGGCCUGUGAAACAUUUUUCCGAAAAUAUACAUUGUAUACAUUCGUACUCUGUCAUUAUUGACACGUGUUAUCUUCUUAUAACGCUGUUCUUUUCAAAUGAUGUGAGAAGAAACGAGAAGAAAUAAUCGCUUGUUCUUUAAAAGAGUUACAGAAACACUUAAUUUUGAUGGAACUGACUGACUUCUGCAUCGCUACACAUACUUGAUAUUGACCGUAUAGAGUUAGGAGAUCUGAUGACAGAUCUUAAUGAGGGAUCUUCCAAAAGAAGGAGUUCUUUGUCACCUAACUUAAGAAGCGAGAAGGAAUAUGUCCUCUCCUUCACAUUUUAAUUAUCAUAUGAAAAAUAUUAGUUUUCGUAGCCAACCAAUAGGCAAACAAGAUGAUGACCACUUCCUUGUUGAACAAUUUGUAAAGAAUGUUCUUAGUUUUAGUUCUCAGUACGGCGGCAGUAACAGCAUAUCUUACGCCGCUGUUAACAUAAUUGGGUCAUAUAGCACGUUUCCAGAGUAUGGUCGAGAUUAUCGACGGACGUUUGCCAUGAGAACUUAUGGACCAUGGUGGGACAAAGCACCUUCGAGAUCAAUCGAUUAUAUGCCACAAAAUAAUACGGAGGUUAUGAGUCAAGAUUAUAUUAAUGUUGAGUAUCAUGAAGCUGUAUACCCAAUUAGAGUUUCUAUAUACGAAACAUAUAAUCCCGGGAGUGUAGUUCGAAUUUGGGCUCAAGAUCCUAACAAUCGUUGGUUUCUAUUGUGGAAUGGACCACCUCAGAUUGUUCCUUCAACACCACGGAUAUUUUCCCCACCUUUACGGUCGUGUGAUUUUAAAACUAAAACACUCAGACUAGAGUUUAACCACAGCUUAUUGGACUAUUACACAGAGCUAGAUGCUGUACUGCUCAUCGGAACAACAGACUUGAUUCUUCCUAAAGAUCGAUCCCACAAACGGAGUAUAACUAAUCUAUUAAAAACCAUCAACUGCAAGUAUCCUUGCCAUUGGGACAUCCAUAAUUUAACGCCGGAUUAUGAAGAUGCACACAUGGAUAUAGUUCAUCUUAGGGAAACUUUCGAUGAACAUUGUAUUAUGCCAAAACAUAAAAUGUUUUGUGCCAAACAUGUAUAUGCCAAAACGUUGUGCUAUAUAAGUGGCAAAGUAUUGAAUCUUUACAAGAGCAAGCCUCAAUUUAAAAAGGGAUCUAAUAGUAUUGCAUUUACACACAAUCGAGUUUCUUUAAAUGAAUCCAAGAAGUCAUUACAUGGCACACAAAGUUUUUCCGUGCUUUCUCAUGAAAUAAUAACAAAAAUAUUAAGAAAUUUAGACUUGAUGUCGUUGUGUCGUAUGGGCAGAGUAAAUAAAUAUUUCAAUAAUUUAGUACAAAACCCUCUGCUCUAUAAAAGUUUGAAUCUAAAACCGUAUUGGCAUAUUAUUAGUACAAAGGCGUUGCACUAUUUGGCAUUCAAAUGCAAAUAUUUGCGACGAUUGGAUCUUUCGUGGUGCGACAGCUUUUCUGUCUCGGAUCUCGAAAAAUUCCUUGACACUUGCGGUAGUCUCUUAACGCACUUACGAUUAGAUUGCUGUUCGUGUAUUGAUGACUCUGCCAUGCUUAAAAUUUCGACGGUAUGCAAAAAUUUGAAUGAAUUGAGUCUACGUAAUUGUGACUCGAUAAAGGACCAAGGAUUUUUAUGUCUUGAAAAUCUUGAGUCGCUGGAGCGUUUAGAUCUUUAUAGGACGCGGAUAAAGACUCAAACUCUUUGCAAGAUAUUGCGAAAAAACCGACGGAUGCGUCACUUAGAUAUAGGAGGCACGUACGAGUAUCUGAACGUAGAUGAAGUUGCAAUGGAACUGAGAAACUCGUGUCCAGAUUUGGAAAGUAUAGAUUUAUGGCAGGCACACACUCUUACAUCACAGGGUAUCGAUGCCCUCGCUGACUGCAAGAAUCUACGGGAAGUGGAUUUUGGUUGGUGUGACAGUCGUGGCAGUACGACCGGUUAUGGUGACAGCUUCCGUAGGUUGUUAUCCUCCUGUGAACACCUGGAAAAGGUCUUUUUGGUUUAUUUUAGACAGCUGACCGAACACGAUUUGAGAGCACUGACGCUGUGCAAAAAUUUAAAACAGUUAGACUUGUUAGGCUUGCGAUCCCUAACAACUGAGGUAUGUUAUGCAUUUUUUAUAAAUUGUCCUAAACUGGAAAUGAUUGAUCUCAGCUUCUGUAACAAUAUUACCGACCACUCGAUUCAGCAGUGGCAGCAAAUGUAUCCGCAUGUGGCCAUAAAAAAACAACCCACACAGGACAUGAUAUCAUUAGUAUAAUAUACUGAGUAUAUACGGAAUAUACUGAGUAUAUACUGAAUAUAUACGGAAUAUACUGA